GGAGCAAGUAUGAUGGCACUCAAGGCAAUCGGUGGUCAACGUCGAAUUCAACCAAACAACCACAACGCGGCUCCUUUGAUCGUCAUUUUGGCAGGUAACAAUACGGUCGGCAGUUAUAGUCUGGCAGCAGCACGACACCUGGUGAACAGAGCUUGUCAGGUAGUCGUGUUCCUGGCAUGCUCCAAUAACGUAGCUCUGGUCAAAGAAGUCGAAGAGCAAAAGCUAUAUUGCUCUUUUGCAGAAGUGAACAUCAUAGAUGAUAUCACACAACUUCCUCAGCAGUUUACUACGCCUGUGGAUCUCAUCAUUGAUGGCCUGAUGGGCUGUCAGUCUACCUUGAAGGAUCUUAGAGGAGACUAUGAAACAAGAGAACUUCUUCGAGGCAGUAUGGACUGGGCCAAUGCAAACAAGGCACCCGUUCUCAGCUUAGAUUUCCCAAGUGGUGUAAAUGGCAUUGAUGGCCUUCCUUUCCAUGUAAUGCAUUAUAUUAAGCCAAAGUGGACACUUUGCUUCGGUGCUCCAAAGAUUGGCUGCACUUCUCGUGCUGUAACAGGUGAAUUGUUCUUAGCUGACAUUGGUAUCCCUCCAGUUGCAUGGGAAGAAUUGACUGGUAACCGAUAUACUAUCCCGUGGGGAUCAGACUUUAUAUUGGCCUUGGAAUAUGACCAUCCUUCAGCAGCAGAGGCUCGAUAAUAACUAUAUAUAUAUAACCAAAUACAGC